CAGGACAUCCUCCGGCUGGCCCAGGAGUUGAGACCCAAGAGUUUAGACAUCAAGCAAGAGGAGCUGGGGGACAUGGUUGAAAAGGAGAUGGCCUCUACUUCGGCAGCUAUCGAAGAUGCCGUCAGGCGGAUAGAGGAGAUGAUGAGCCAGGCCAGGAACGAAAGCUCCGGCGUCCAGCUGGAGGUGAACGAGAGAAUCCUGAACUCCUGCACGGACCUCAUGAAGGCAAUUCGACUUCUUGUAAUGACAUCCACAAACUUGCAGAAGGAGAUAGUAGAAAGUGGCCGGGGGGCAGCAACAACGCAGGAGUUUUACGCCAAGAACUCGCGCUGGACCGAGGGGCUGAUUUCCGCCUCCAAAGCGGUGGGCUGGGGCGCCACGCAGCUCGUGUAGGUACCGGCCGGCGGCGGCCCC